UAUCAGUGUUGGUGAGUUGACAUAAGAUGUUUGAAGGUUCUGUUCUUAAUAAAGUGAGAAGGAGCUCCUCUUGUUCCCGUCUAAUAUUAUGAUUUGCUUGAUGUCUGUGGAUUGCGUUCCUGCUCAUUGGUAGAUUUGGAAAGCUAAAAGACUGAAGAAUGAUGGCUGUGGAGGCAGGCUUGAGAACAAUGACCAGGGUCUUCAGGAGAGAGUGUCACAAGGUUUUAGACUCUGAGAGGACCACCAUCCAAGGGGCUGAUGGGAUGCUGAUGGUCCUACAGCUUGCUAUGGCUGAGGUUAAUAAGCAGGAACGUGGAGACUUUGGUGCAGCUUUGAGUGAAGCCUUGGCCGCCUGGAAAUACUUCCUUUUGGAUAAGCUCCAGCUAUCCCACAACGAUAUGCCCCUUCCACCAAACUAUGACCUCAUCAUAAAAGAGUAUGACUGCUUUUUGAAACGUACCAAUAUUGUGGACUUGAUCGACGUCUUCAUUAUGUUCAAGGAGCUUCGGAUGAAUGAGAACCCAGAGGAGCCCGUAACCGCUAUGCAGAUGUUUGAGUUUCUCAGUGGUGACAUACAGAGCUCAGAGAAUGUGGAUUCUCUUCCUUUGUGCCCAGCAACUCCAUCUAAUAAGGCUGGACUCUGCAGUCCACAGAUACAGAGAGUUGUCAGGAGAGUUUUCUGUUCAUAUCUAGGCCUUUUGGUAAACUCCAAGAAUGACCUGGCCAUUGCAUACAUGCUAGACAACCCCAACCGUUCUUUGGGACAUAUUGCCUUCACUGACCUCAGGCAUGCAGCCCGCAACAGUGCCUCAUCUCUUUUCCUGACAGUGACAUCAUUUGUCAGAGCCAUACAGCUAGGGGGAAAGGGGUACGCUCCACCUGAGUCUGACCCAUUAAGGAAGCAUGUAAAGGGCCUAACAGAAUUUCUCAAUUUUGUCGACCAGCUUCAAGAAAUCUUAGGGGAAACCUCUAAUCCAAAAGAAGCUGGAUUUAAGCUGGUGUCUAGUAUUAGAGCUGCUCUGGUCAAAGGCCGCAGUGGUGGAGACCCAGUGUAUGUUGCAGCAGAUGGCACAGCCAAGGAGCUCAAGGAAAAAAUAAGUCAAAUACAUGCCACACAGACGCAGUCAGCAACUGGCACAGGGAUCAGUCCGGCAAGGCCCAAAGCUUAUGCUAUUAACCAUUCCACUGCAUAUGGGGGCCGAGAGACUGUCAAGGUUCUGAUUGCCCUGUUGGAUGAAGAGGCAUUAGCACUGCCCUGCAGGAACAAGGCAGAACUGCUCUCUGAAGAUCAUGCUGUUCUUAAUGGGAGUGCUGGAGCUUGUCUCCUCACUCUUUUCAAAUCUCCAGAAGCUCCCACGGGAUCUUCUCCAAAGCCUUUACGGAACCGCGUCUGCAGCCAACAAGAACAUAUCAAGUCCAAGAAACUGCGGCCAACCAUCCGCUCUCAGUUUGCUUGUACUUACAAACAUGAUGAUCUGCCCCUCAACCGGGUGUUGGAGUUUCCCAGUACCAGUCAGCUUCCCACCUGUAUACACCCUGCACCCAAACAAACCAAAUCUGUGACUGUGGAGGAAGAGCAUGACCCCACUGGGAUGGAUAACAGACUCUCAGUGGAUAUGGACUCGGAGGCCACUAUCUUGAGGCGUGAAGGUCCCGGCCAAUCCUCUCUGGGGGAACAUAGUGGAAAUGCUUGGAACAGAGCAGGUGGGAAGAAGAUCCAGCCAGCACAGCACAGAAGAGCAGCCGAGACAUCCAAGAGAAAGCUCGCCAACAGGGAGUGCACGGAGCAGGGAAGCGAAGAGAACCAGCCCCCUCAGAAGAGACCCCCUGCCAAAGUUCCCAAUGGAGGUCCAGGGAAAAAGAACACUAAAACUGCCAGCAAGAAGCUCAUCGUUGGUCAGGGCAAACUCACAAGCUUUUUUAGAUUGUAAUUUAUUCUCAGUUCUCAUCUGUAGCGAUGGUCCAUUUGAGCUACAGGGUCACAUGUUAUUUAUUAGUAGCCUAAAUGCAUUUAAUGUUGAACAAGCCAAGAUCAUGUCAACAUGGGCUACUUGACUUUAUAAGGACUCUUAAGCACAAUUACAAUAGAUGUUUGAGAGUGUAAUGGAGAAGAUAAGUGGAGCUGGCAGGGAAAGAACCUGUAUAUAUCUUUCUCAAACUGAGUUUUAAGUUAAUUUCAUGAUGUAUGAUGUCUUAAACACAACUCAUACUUUGCAGAUUUUAAUAAACUUUUAUUUCAGUUAUAAAACCAUA